AUGUCAUCGCUGUCACAUCAUCAUCUGGUGGGAUGUAUACCAAUAUACCUGGUCCACCGCCUGUCUAACGACAUCCCGUAUGCCACUCUGGAAGAGGAGCUGAUGGGGGAGUUUGUCAAGUACUCUGUUCGGGAYGGAAAGGAGAUCAACCUAAAGAGGAAUGACUCAGAGGCAGGACAGAAGUGUUGUACCUUCCAGCACUGGGUCUACCACAAGACUGAGGGUAACCUGCUCGUCACUGACAUGCAAGGAGUUGGCAUGAGAUUGACAGAUGUUGGAAUAGCCACGUGUAAGAAAGGAUACAAGGGGUUCAAGGGGAACUGUGCCACGUCAUUCAUUGAUCAGUUCAAAGCCUUGCAUCUGUGCAACAAGUACUGUGAGAUCCUUGGACUCAAGUCUUUACAGCCAAAACCCAAAAAGAGUGUGGUUCCUAAACCCAAGCCAACUCAACCUGCCACAAAGACUAAAAAGACUAUCGGACCCACCCUGAAGAGCAAAUCCUGAUAGGAGGAGGGCCUUUACAUUUUAAUAUUGUCUCAUUCAGAUAAGAAUCUAUUUUUACAAGAGAGACCUGAUAGUAGACCUAACAGAUUUGAUACUGGGGAAUAUCGCCCAAUGAAUAAACCUGAUCUACAAUACACUAGAGCGCUACCCGGACACGGGGGGGGUUGUCUAUCUGGUGUAGAAAGAGACUGUUGGGUCAAAGGUAGUACGGCUGUAUGAAUAAAUGUACUGAAGAUGUGUUGUAGACGUCUGCCAGUACUCUUCAGUCAAUCUACCUGGAGAGGAUCUGCUGCUGUCAACCAUGAAGGGCUUGUCUCAUUCACUUGAAUAGGUUCUCCCAUGUAUUUCUCACGCUGUGAUGAAGCUGUGAUGAUUAGAACGAAGAGGUAGUAUAAUCAGAGAUAAUAMGUUUCUACCAUCUCUGGUAGUGUUUCUGUCUUUGAUGAGGUAGCAUAGCUACAGGCUAUGUUGUUUCUUCUGUGUUUUGUUAGUUUUCUUUUAGUGUAUUUUAUUUUUUUGUACUUUUUGUGGACACAUUUAAACAUUUGUUUUAAGAAAAUGUGUAAAACAUAAUUAUUGUGUAAGAACAUAGACAMUGCAAGAAAAUUAUAUAAAUCAUAGGACUACAAUUUUAUGCAUUUUCUAUGAUGUACAUGAGUGAAAAUCUAUAUUUAUAUUUUCUUUUUGAUUUUUGAUGCGUUUCUUUUUGAUUUUGUCUUUUGUUGUUGUAAGGUAACUAGAGGUUGCCAAUAGAUGUACUUUGAAAUKAUGUAUAACAGAUAUUUAAGAUGUACAGUAUCAAACUGAAAAAUAUAUGAUGGUACGGUAAUGGUACAUGUAUGGUACUGCAAAUAGCAGCGAUAUGGUAGUAGCCUGCAGCACAGAUACAGUGACAGAAUAAUGAAGGACCAGUCAGAGUGAGAGUACACUACUUCGCCCCCUGAGAUCUCCUCCUCUUGACAUCCCAAGCCAGCUGUCUGAUGUGCUUGGCCCGGACAGAAUGCCUCCAGCUACGCUACCCCUGCAGUCUGCCUCASAGAUGAAACGACUCAAUAUCGCCAUCUGCUGGCUUUUUGGACUACCUCAGCGCUAGGCUACAGUAAACAAUGUCCGCCAYGUCUGAGUAAUCGUCCAGCUGAUGUAUUCAUUCAUACUGUCUCUCCGAUUCAAUACAAAACAAAUGAUCCAUAUCACCAUAUGGAUAUUAGGUUAUAUGUAAUCGGAUAUUGCCUUUUCCAUUAGAGUGUAAUACUUCUCUGGAGCCUUGCUUGAUGUUUGAUAAGUUAGAUAUUAUCGUGUGAUGUCGGUGGUGCAGCACACUCAAGUGAAUGUAACUCAUGUAAGGCCCCGAUACCGAUUUAUGAAUGUAUGUUUUUUCUAAACACUUCUCAGUAUUUGGUAUUCAGAAUUAACUUAUUCAGUUGCCUCUGCCGGUGUGGCUACCUUGUACCAGUUGCCUCUGCCGGUGUGGCUACCUUGCGCGCUCUGAAUAAAUGUCAUUCAUCCACUGAAAACACUCCCACUUGCUGGCACAACAGAUUUUCUCGUGAACUUUUAUUCAAUGGGGUUUUCAGUACAUGUAUCUUAAACCAUCCCUUUAAAUACAGAAUAUACUGUAGGAAUCAAUGAAAGACAGCCAUCUAUGCAUAUUUGUUUCUGUUUCAGCACCAACUGGUAGAUUUAAAAAUACUUUGAUCUUGUAGAUUAUUUAGGCACAUGUGGCGGUUAGGAAMUAGCCUAUGUAUGAAUAAAAUAAAACAGUUAGGAGAGCCUUUAUGCGCAGAAUAUAUUGAUGAAUAAAAAAUACAGUGGUUUGAUUCA